AUGGCGGCUGGCGCGGCGCGGAAGCUCCGGCCGCGGCGGGCCGGGCUGGAGGUGCGGCCUCGCGGCCCCGCGAAGCGCGCGGCCGGCGCCAGCGGCGACGGGGACGUCGUCAUGGCUGCCGCCGGUAGAAAGGUGCGCAAGAGCAUCGGCAAGCGGAAGCGGGGCCAGGCCAAGGCGGCACCCGCCGCGGCGGCCGCGCCGGAGAGCAGGAGGGCCCGCCAGAGGCGGAUGGCCGCCCUCGGGGUCGAGCGGGCGGCCGCGGCCAAGGAGGCCCCGGACCAGCUGCAGCAGCGGCAGGCCGCGGAGUGGAAGGAGAUGAAGGCUGAGGUCGCCAGGCUGAAGAAGGAGAGGCACGGGCUGCCGAAGAAAGGCGGCAAGGAGCUGAGGGCCGCCGCGAACCAGAAAGUGCGGCAGCUGUGGGACGACAUGAAGAUCCGGCACGAGGCGGAGCGGGUGUCCGCCGGGCUGCCGCCUCAGCCGCCCGCCGGCGCGGCGCCGUGA